AUGUCACCAUCUCCUAUUAGGAGAAUGAGGGGAAGUGUUGGAGGAGGUGGAGAUUUAACACAUUUUAGCUUUGAACAAAUUCGAAGUAGAAGUUCUUUAUCCAAUCAUGCUAGUAAUAAUGCUCAAGAAACAUUUAAUAAUUCAAUUAAUAAUUCUUCGGAACAUCCAAAUUAUCAUCAACGAAUGUUGGCUACAGCAAAUGCUAUUUCACAGCCUCGGUCUUUGGAUUUAGAUGCAAGAGAACGUAGUCGUUCAGAAGGAGAAGCAUUAUCAUCAAAUAAUGUUUGUAAAAGGAAUAAACAGUCUGGAGGGGGAGGAGGGGAUUUUGAAGAUGAUGAAGAGGAUGAAAGAAUGGAUACUGGACAUUCUACACUUUCUGUCCCCACAGGAACAACAACAACGGCAAAUAGAGGAAAUUUACAUGCGGGAUUAAAAAGAAGAAGAUUACAAUUAUUACAAAAAAAUAAAGAAAAAGAAGAACAAAAAAUAAAUAAAAAUAAUAUUUCUAUAAAAAUAAUUACAUCUGAUAACGAUAAUAACAAUAAUAAUAAACAAAUAAAUAAUAAUAAACCAACAAUUGAAGAACCACCUCCAUCACCUACAUUAACUGAAUUAUUUCAGCCUGGAGAUUUGGACAAUGGACGGCGUAAACAAGUAGAAGAAUGGAUUAAACAACAAACCGCUGCAUUAGAAGCAAUUAGACAUUCUUUAGUUCCAGCACAUCAAGAAGCUAAUCUUUUACAGGUUCCAAGUGUUAUACCACAAAAUUCAUUAGAACAACUUUGGCCCCAACCAGCAACUGACUGUUCACAAGUCGGGCCUAUUCGGCCAAUGCUUGCUUCUUUAUGGAGACGUAGUAGAUCAGAAUCUGAAUUAUCUGGAGGAGGAAAAACGAAUAUUUCUCCUUUUAUGGGUAAAUUUUAA